AUGAUCACCCCAAACCCCGCUAACGACAUUGUCCAUGACGGCAAGCUCUACGACACCUUCACUGAGCCCCCCAAGCUGAUGGCUCAGGAGCGAGCUCAGCUGGACUUCGACCCUAGAGACAUCACCUACUUUCUGGAUGGCUCUAAGGAGGAGACCGAGCUGCUGGAGUCGCUCAUGCUCAUGUACGAGCGAGACCCUCUCUUCAACAACCAGAACGAGUACGAUGAAUCGUUUGAAACACUGCGAGAGCGAUCUGUGAAGCGAAUUUUCCAGCUGUCCAAGUCCAUCGCCAUGGACCCCGAGCCCAUGUCUUUCCGAAAGAUUGGGUUCCUGGGUAUUCUUGACAUGGGAACGUAUGCUCGACUGGGAGUCCACUACGCGCUCUUCUGUAACUCCAUCCGGGGCCAGGGAACCCCCGAUCAGCUCAUGUACUGGCUGGACCAGGGAGCCAUGGUCAUCAAGGGCUUCUACGGCUGUUUUGCCAUGACCGAAAUGGGCCAUGGAUCUAACCUGUCGCGUCUGGAAACCAUCGCCACUUUCGACAAAGAGACCGACGAAUUUAUCAUUAACACGCCCCACGUUGGAGCCACAAAGUGGUGGAUUGGAGGAGCCGCCCACACUGCUACUCACACACUUGCCUUUGCCCGUCUUCAAGUAGACGGAAAGGACUACGGUGUGAAAUCGUUUGUCGUACCUCUCCGAAACCUGGACGACCAUUCGCUGCGUCCUGGAAUCGCCACAGGUGAUAUUGGUAAGAAGAUGGGUCGAGAUGCCGUUGACAACGGCUGGAUUCAGUUCACCAACGUCCGAGUGCCCCGAAACUACAUGCUCAUGAAGCAUACCAAGGUUCUUCGAGACGGUACCGUCAAGCAGCCGCCUUUGGCCCAACUGACUUACGGAUCUCUCAUCACUGGACGAGUCCAGAUGACCACUGACUCUCACAAUGUGUCCAAAAAGUUCCUCACCAUUGCCCUGAGAUACGCCACCAUCCGACGACAGUUCUCGUCAACUCCAGGAGAGCCCGAAACCCGACUAAUUGACUACCUGUACCACCAAAGACGACUCCUGCCUCUUAUGGCUUACUCUUACGCCAUGAAACUAGCUGGAGAUCACGUCCGAGAGCUGUUCUUUGCAUCCCAGGAGAAGGCUGAGAGCCUCAAGGAGGACGACAAAGCCGGAGUUGAGUCUUACGUCCAGGAUAUCAAGGAGCUCUUCUCUGUUUCUGCUGGUCUCAAGGCUGCCACUACAUGGGCUUGUGCUGACAUCAUUGACAAGGCCCGACAGGCGUGUGGAGGCCACGGAUACUCUGCCUACAACGGCUUUGGACAGGCCUUCCAGGACUGGGUUGUCCAGUGCACUUGGGAGGGUGACAAUACUGUUCUGACUCUAUCUGCCGGCCGAGCUCUGAUCCAAUCUGCUCUCGUCUACCGAAAGGAGGGCAAACUAGGUAACGCCACGAAGUACCUCUCUCGGUCCAAGGAGCUUGCCAACGCCAAGAGAAACGGACGAUCCCUGGAAGACCCCAAGCUGCUCGUGGAGGCAUGGGAGGCUGUCUCUGCCGGUGCUAUCAACGCUGCUACUGACGCUUACGAGGAGCUCUCCAAGCAGGGAGUUUCUGUUGACGAGUGCUUUGAGCAGGUGUCCCAGGAGCGAUUCCAGGCUGCCCGAAUCCACACUCGACGAGCUCUUAUCGAGGCCUUCUACUCACGAAUCGCCACUGCUGAUGAGAAGGUGAAGCCUCAUCUGAUCCCUCUGGCCAACCUGUUUGCCCUGUGGUCCAUUGAGGAGGACUCUGCUCUGUUCCUGGCUGAGGGCUACUUUGAGCCUGAGGAUAUCAUUGAGGUGACUUCUCUUGUCAACAAGUACUGCGGAAUUGUUCGAAAGAACGUUAUUGGAUACACCGAUGCCUUCAACCUGUCCGACUACUUCAUCAACGCUGCCAUUGGACGAUACGACGGAGACGUGUACAAGAACUACUUUGAGAAGGUCAAACAGCAGUACCCUCCUGAGGGUGGCAAGCCUCACUACUACGAGGAUGUCAUGAAGCCCUUCCUGCAUCGAGAGCGAAUUCCCGAUGUCCCCAUGGAGCCCGAGGAUAUUCAGUAA